AGCGGCGAUCGACUGGCCGAUAUAGCUACCCCUGGUCGCGACGCACAUCGCAGGGCCUCGGCUCCUCAUCCAUCCCUUCCGAACGUGUCCUUUUAACCCGGCUCUGUCCUACCUUUUCGAUCCUCCCCCGGGAUUAGCACAAGUUUCACAUGCCGCCCCCGGCCUCUUCAGUGGAUUUCUCCAAUCUGCUGAACCCCCAGAGCAGUCCCGUUGAUUCGACCCCCUCGACACCGGUGGAUAGCUCCCAAGGACCUUCUACCCCGUCCAGCACACAGUCCACUUCCACCAUGGCCUCAUCUGUCAGCCUGCUUCCUCCUCUCAUGAAGGGCGCUCGCCCGACAACCGAAGAAGUGCGCCAGGACCUUCCCCGCCCAUACAAGUGCCCUCUCUGUGAUCGCGCAUUCCACCGUCUGGAGCACCAGACCAGACACAUUCGCACGCAUACAGGCGAAAAGCCGCAUGCAUGCCAGUUCCCGGGCUGUACCAAGCGCUUCAGCCGUUCGGAUGAACUGACGCGCCACUCGAGAAUUCACAACAACCCCAACUCGAGACGCAGCAACAAGGCCCAACAUCUGGCGGCUGCGGCUGCGGUGGCAGCGGGUCAGGACAAUGCCAUGGCCAACACUGCCAGUGCGAUGAUGCCGCCUCCCAGCAAGCCGAUGACCCGCUCCGCGCCUGUUUCGCAGGUCGGCUCUCCCGACAUCUCGCCCCCGCACUCCUUCUCCAGCUACGCGAACCACAUGCGAUCGAAUCUGGGACCGUAUUCCCGGAAUAGCGAGCGGGCCUCUUCUGGUAUGGACAUCAACCUCCUCGCCACAGCUGCGUCGCAGGUGGAACGCGACGAGCAUUUCAGCUUCCAUGCGGGCGGUCCUCGCAGUCACCAUCUGUUCAGUACGCGCCACACUGGCAAUGGUCGCCUCCCUUCCCUGUCCGCUUAUGCGAUUUCGCACAACAUGAGCCGCUCCCACUCCCAUGAGGAGGAGGACGGCUACUCGCAUCGCGUCAAGCGCUCGAGGCCCAACUCCCCGAACUCGACUGCUCCUUCUUCACCCACCUUCUCUCAUGACUCCCUCUCCCCCACGCCCGACCACACCCCCCUCGCGACCCCCGCUCACUCGCCGCGCCUGAGGCCGCUGGGUUCCAACGACCUGCAUCUGCCUUCGAUCCGGCAUUUGUCGCUGCACCACACUCCGGCCCUGGCUCCGAUGGAGCCGCAGCCGGAGGGCCCCAACUACUAUAGUCCAACCCAGGGGCACGUUGGACCGAGCAUCUCCGACAUUAUGUCGAAACCGGACGGGACGCAACGCAAACUGCCGGUGCCGCAGGUGCCCAAAGUCGCCGUCCAGGACAUGCUAAAUCCGGGCAGCGGAUUCUCCUCGGUCACGACAUCCACCGCCAGCUCGGUUGCCGGCGGUGAUCUGGCCGAACGCUUCUAGAUCAUAUUCCAACCAAAUUUCUGGGUUGUGUAAAAAUUGGGUUCGCAAAUCAUCAGUUUUUCAUGCGCGCUACGAACGAAUAGACUUGUGCAUUUACAGUGGUUCAU